AUGGCAAUGUUCGAGACAUUAACUCAGUUAUGUCUCGACAUUGUCCAUAUGAAGAUAAGCCCGGCGGAGGGAUUUGAGAGGAUUCUGGUGGAGAAGAGUGAUCGAGAAGCCAUCAGCUCGGAGCUCAUUGACGUGCUCGUGCUCACAGAGCCGGAGAGCGAGUUCGCGGAGAACGCGAGUACGUCGAAGGCUAACUUCGAGUCGUUCGUUCACCUUCUCACGAACACCCUCGACUGCUACAAGAAAGAUGAUCACAAUAAGGCGCUGAUUCGACUCAAAACCAAAGUCUAUUUCAAACAAGCAAAAUUCAAUUUGUUCCGAGAAGAAUCUGAAGGAUAUUCAAAAUUAAUAACAGAACUGAUGGAGUCGGCAGAGAAUGGUCAAUCGAAUGACGACUACGCGAAAGUGAUCAAAAAUCGAGUGUUAUCUCUGAUCGGACAAUUCAAUUUGGAUCCGAAUCGUGUCACUGAUAUCAUUCUGGAAGUGUUCGAAAUCUUUCCCAAACAAAAACUCUUCUUUAUUGAACUUCUCAAAGAGAUCGAUGUGGUUCCAGAGUACCUAUGCUCAAUUCUUGGAUUCAAAUACACAUUCUAUCAGUCGGAUAAAAAGAAGACACCGUACUCGUUGUAUGUGUUGACUGCAUAUCUUAUUCAACACGAAAUGAUCGAUUUGAUGAAGAUUCUGGCUUAUAUGAUUCCGAAAUUAGAAGCCAUCAAGGAGGGACAUCGAGCAAGAAUGACGAAUGCACAGGAGAGAGCAUCCAAAGCGGAGACCAUCUCGACGGCGUCUAUCCCAAUUUUAGAUUCGAGAGGAUACGAGGAAAAUGGAAUGGGACCUGCGGCAACAUCAACAAUCUCUUUCACAACUGUAAUCCAACUCCAAGAGGACGAAGACGUCAAACUUUCCGAAGGAUUCAAUGAAGAAUCAGUCCUCUCCACCAAUCAAAAACUCGGUCUUGCAUGUGCUCUUCUCGAGAAUGGAAACUGGAAACAAGCUCAAAUGCUCAUCGACCGUCUCCCAGAAUACUAUGCAGUUCAAGCGAGUCCCCGUCUCUGUCGUGCACUUUGUAAGAUCAUCGAGAGAGCCAUCGACGAUUUCUAUCGUCAGAAUUGUACAUUGAACCUGUUCGGAGACUUGACGAAAUCCAAGAAACCAGUAUUCGAUGAUAUGGGAAAUGGAUUGAAACCAAUUGAAAGUUGGGAUGAUCUCGGGCAAUUGGCCAGUGUUCUCGCUUACUUGGGACCAAGAUUGGCGUAUCGAGCAACUACAAAUAUCAAAAUUCUUCGGCUAUUGACUGCAUAUUAUCAGAAAGUGGAGAAAGAUGAGUUGCCGAAAGAUGAGAAAUUGAAUCAAAUCUUCAUCGAAGUUGUCUCUGAAUGCCUUCUACCUUCUCUAACUCUAUCCGAUACGAAUGUUGCAUUGAGUGAAGAACUCUGGCAACUUCUUCAACUAUUCCCGUAUUCAUGGCGUUAUUGGAUGUACUCGAAGUGGAAUAAUGAGACUGCUCGACACCCCGAAAUGCAUAUUAUGAAGGGAAAAAUUCACGGAAGGACCAAAUACGUUCUAAAACGUCUCUCGAAAGAAACAGUGAAAAUGAUGGGUCGACAACUAGGAAAACUGUGCCACAUUCAUCCAUCUACAGUACUUUCUUAUCUUCUCAGUCAAGUUCAAACUUUCGAUAAUUUCAUCGGUCCAGUCGUAGACAGUUUGAGAUAUUUGACAAGUUUGGAGUUUGAUGUUCUAACUUACUGCAUCAUUUCCCAACUCGCGGAUCCAUCAAAACAGGCUCUCAAAUCGACAGAUGCUACAAUUUCCCCUUGGCUUCAAGCUCUCGGAACUCUCGUUGGAUCACUCUAUCGUAGAUAUCCACUAGAAUUGAAUGGAAUGCUGGAUUACGUUCUGAAUCAGCUGAAAUUAUGCAAGAGUUACGAUAUGCUUCUUCUCCGAGAAAUCAUUCAAAACAUGUCAUGGAUUGAAAGUAUCAGUGGAGCAACAAAAGAACAAAUUGAAGCACUCGGAGGCGGUGAUCUUUUGAAACAAGAAGCUGGUGGAUACUCGACGGCGACAAAGAAUCGAAAAGCAGCACAACGUCUUCGAGAUGCUCUUCUGAAAGGAGAUCUGGCUGUUGGAUUGUGUAUUUCAAUUGCUCAACAAAAAGAACACAUUAUGUAUAAUGAAAGUGCAACACUUCCAUUGAAACUCGCCGGAAAAAUGGUUGAUCAAUGCAGUGAUACAUUCCAACAAUUGGUUUCAUUUUUGAGUGUUUACAUGAGAAAUGAGGACUUUGCGAAACGAGUUCCCUCUGUGCGUGAGCUUCUUUCUGAGUUCUCUCUGGGAAUGGAGGCAACAAUGUGUCUGGCACGACCCACAUUCUUCUCAAAGAUUUUGGAUAACUAUGAUUUGGCGAAGAAAUCAACGAAGGCUGCAGUUGAUGAAGCAGGACAAAAAGCACGUUUGGAUACUCACCAGAAGACGGAAAUAUUCACGAAUGCACUCGAAUCGCAAGUGGAAAUUGUGAUGAAUGAGUUGAAAGAAGUGUAUCCUGGAAUGGAAGAAACUGCUCCUGUUAGAUUCUUCGCUGUCUUCUGGAUGCUUACAAUGUACGAUAUCGAAGUACCAACAUCUGCUUAUGACAGAACUUUAGAAGCAUUAAAGAAGGCAUCAAGAGAAGAUAAUCAUGGAAGUAAAGGCAAGAAAACGGAUAAGCAACUUGAGAGUAAACUGCGAGAAGAACAGAAGAGACAGGUGGAACACGUGGAACGAUAUAAGGCGUGGUUGUCGAAUCGAAAGGAUGCUUUGAUUGAAGAGAAGUUUCAUAACUCGGUUAUCGAAGUACUCAUACAGCAGUGCAUUCUUCCACGUGCCAUUUUCUCGGAGCUCGAUGCAGUUUUCUGUGGACAAUUCAUCAAAAUGCUUCAUGAAAUGCGAACGCCAUUCUUUCCCACCAUAGUUAUCAUGGAUCGGCUAUUCGAAAACGUUAUUGCUCUGAUCGCUGGACUCACUGAAAACGAAGCAAAUUCUUUGGCUUGCCUAUUCGAGAUUCUUCUUUCUAUGUCUCAAAGGUGGCAUUCUGAAAAGGAAAUUUUUGAGAAGGAAUGUGCUGGAUUCCCUGGAAUGAUCACAAAACAAGCAAUUGAAUAUCAGACGUUCCGAAAGUUAUGCUACAGAUGGCAGAACAGAUUCGUGUACAUGUUCAAAGCUGUUUUGACAAAAGAAGACUCGAAUUAUGUUCUCAUUCGAAAUAGUUUGAUAAUGAUGACCAAAAUGACUUCUGGAUUCCCUGUUAUAUCGCAUUGCGUCACUACAAUGGAGACUGUUGCCACGAAACUGAAAGAUAGAGAGAAAGGAAAACGAGAUGAUCUAUCACUGAAAGCUGCUUCUUAUGUUGGAAAACUCAAAAUGAGAAAUGUGAAGAUCUUCGCACAAAAUUCGGAUUAUGCUAAUGUUGCGAACAAAAAAGUUUCUACUGCUGAGAAGCCGAAAAAGAAAGAAACAACAGAGAAAACAGAUGGAGAACCAGCAGAUAAGAAGCUGAAGGUCGAGGGGAAAAAGAAUGGAACAUCUGCGGAGAAGGCAACGAAAGAAGAAGUACAACAGAAUGGAGGAGCAUCUGGAACAGUUGAAAAGAAGACGACGUCAGAUGAGAAUAAGGAGAGGAAGAAGAGACCUGGGAAAACGUCCGCGCCAUCUGCUCCGAAGGAACCCAAAAAAGAGUCAGAUAGCACAGAAGACGGAGAAAGGAUAACUCCAAGUCCUCCGCCAGCCAAAAAGACACGAAUUGGGGAUCGUUUGAAACGUCCGGAAGAAGAAAAGAAAGAUGAUAAGGAGCCGAUUAAAGAUACAGAUUCUGAGAAAGGAGAAAGUAAGAAGAAGAGGGAAAAGAGUCGAGAAAGAAAGGAUAAAGAUCCGUCUGGAAAAGAGAAAAGAUCAGAGAAGGAAAAGGAGAAAAAGCAGCAUAAAGAGAAUGGAGAGUCACAGAAAGAUCAGAAGAUUUUGAAAGAUCAGAGACAGAAGAGCAAGUCGGAAGAGAGAAAAGAAGUGGCUGGUCCAACGCUCCCGGAAGCUCCUCCGAAGAAAGACGAGAAGAAAAGCUCUAGAAAAGCGAUAGAAUUCGAUUUGGAAGAAACACCACGACCAGCUUCAUCAUCAUCUUCAUCUCGAAAAGAGAAAAAAGAAGAGAGAAAAGAAGAACGAAAAGAAGAAAGAAAGGAGAAGAAGGAAGAUCUUCCAAAAGCAUCCAGAAUCGCUGAACCAGUUCGUGAGAAGACGAGUGGAAGAGAUCGUGGACAUCGGACAUACAGAUAA